AUGUACCUGAUGGGUUAUAUCGAACGCGUGCAGCCGUCUCUGGUUGCCCGUGCCGCAUGCCGGACCAUAUCGAGCUGUGGUGAUUGCGUCGCCAAUCCCACCUGCGCCUUCGACAAGACUAAAUUCACCUGCACCGUGAAGUCUGCACUGGUCCAGCAAGUGACCACCACCAAUGCCUGCUUUUUAGUGCAAGCGAUGCAGAAGACACAAAUACAGGAGUUUCCUGCUACGAAGACUUCGACGGCCGGCGUCAUUCCUUCAGGCGUGAAUAAGCUGUUCAAUGAUAUGCAAAGACAUAUCUUUCUCGGCAAUCCCGGUGACACGACCAAGGGACAACACAUCAACACGGCCUGGGUACCCACGAACUCUGGAAUAACCAAACUCAUUGCCAACGACACGUCCACCCAUCUCGCGCAGUACAGUUUCAAGUCAGCGACGGCGUCCGGAAUCAAGACCGUCUGGGACAACAGCAGGAAGGACUUCUACGACCAGACGGAUGUAAGAAACAUCGUGCCAAGCAGACCCGGGGUUCUUUCUGUCGCUACGCCAUUCAAUAACAAUAUCUGGCUCACGGCGGUCAUCACGGGGGGAGACGGGACGACGUGCUUUCCCAAGAGCGCGCACGCAGUAUCGCAGCUGCUCGGAUAUCCCUGCUAA